GUUUUGUACAUCACUACCCAGCUUCAAAAAAAACGUACAGAUUGAAUUUCGCUAGCAUUUUAUUUUCAGUCUAUUUAAAGGAAAACUCGAAAAAACAAAGUACAAAUGGAGUCAAAUAUUGAUAAGGACGCUAUCGAUGUUGGCGUCUUGGCGCCGAACGACCAGGAAAACGAAGACGCCAAUCGGAAUGCGGAAAUUUCAGCCGCUGCGGGCACUCCUGUGGCCAGGAAAACGCGCAGAGCUGUGCUCCGGCGAAUGAACGCCACCUCGGAGAAGGAGUCGCCAACCCACCCCGAUCCUCCCAAGACGCCGGGCUCUCCUGGCAAUCUGCGCCCAGCCACCGAAACCCCGCGACGCAGUUGCAGGAAGAGCGUGCGUCCUGCGAUCGACUACGAUGACAUCAUUGUAAGAUCCGCCAAGAAGGUUAUAGCCGAGACACUAGCAGCAGAUCCCGAGGAUGGGGAGCCCUCUACCCACAAGUGGAGCUCCGCGGAGGUGGGCAGGAAUUCGCGCAAGCGCAGCCGCAAGUCCAAGCGCAUGGCCACUAAGAAGCAGAAAACGGAGAAGGAGAUGCCAGAGGAUAAGAUUGAGGAAAAGCAGGAAACAGAGCUGGUAGUACCAGAGGAGAAGGCCCAGGAUCCAAAGGCUACCACAGAGGUUCCAACAGACUUGUCAGAGGAAGUGGGGCAGCUUGAUGAACCCCAGGCAGCAGACAGCAAGGAGCAAAAUCAAUCCAAAUAUAACAAGGUAGCUGAAGCCGAUAUAGAUGAACUGGGCUUGUCCCCUCUAGAAAUGGAUACCCAGGAUGAUGAACCAGAUAUCCAGGCUGGGGAGACCACAUUAAAUGUGCCACAGGACAAGAAUGAAGAGGAUGCGGUCGAAGUUGAAGCCAAGUUGAGUACAGUAGAAGAUAAUGAUGGUCAGAAACAUGAGGAGAAAUAUGAAAAAGCUGGUGAAACCACACAGCCUGCUGAUCAGAAUGAAGAAGAAACCGUGGCUCAUGAGCAAACCAUUCCUGAGGAAGAGAUGCCCCCACUCUUGAUGGAAACUGAAGAUCUGGAUGAACCAGAGAAGUCGCCCCUCAACACCACCUACGAUGCCGAGGAGAAAAUAGACGCAGAUGAAAGUGUUAUCCUGGUUAACACCUCGCAUCUGGAUGCUAGUGUUAUCCUCGUGGUUAGUCCCGAUAAAGAACCAGAAGCUUGCGUGCCCAAGCCCGAAAUUCCUGAGGAGAAACCGGCGAUCAAAGUGGUUCUUACCACAGCAGAUGACCAGGACGAAACACUUUUGAAUCUGGCCAAUGUAGCCUCGCCAAAGGGAUCGAAGCCCAGGAAGUCGAAGGGCUUUCGCUUCCCCACGCCCUAUAAGGCAAAGCCCAUGUUUAAUUUCACCGAAACAGUUGAGAAAUUUGAUAAAAGGCACAUGAUCAAGGACUUCAUAAAGCCCGAAGAACCGAAGUACGAACGCAAACGUUCUAAGUCGGCCAGCGAUUGGAAUAACACCAUGUCGCGAACUGUGUCCUUUCACAGUCCCAUUGAGAUUGCCAAUGUCGAGGACAUUGAUAAACGAUGGAAGGGACUUCAGAAAACUAAUGUUAAUAAUCGCCGCAGGCGCUCAAAGUCAUUGGAUGAAAACCGCUGCAAAGCGAGCAGGAUUCCCAAGCCCAGCAAGGGAGUUAUACCGCUGAACAGAACCAUCACGCCCAGCAAGGUGAACAAGCGCACCAAGAUGCCCAACUUCGCUGCCAUGCAUGAGAAGCAGUUUGCCAAGAUGGAAAGCCUGCUGGAUCACGUUGAGCGGAAGGCGGAACGCGCCAAAGUGCUGACCAACUCAGUGCAGAAGCAGCUACCAGGGCCGACGGCCAAGAAGGCACAGAGCUCCUCUUCAGUGGAGGAGCGCCCCCGUCCAAAGGCGUUGAAGAAAAUCGACAUGACCGCCGAUCGAAGCAUGGUGAUUGAGCAUCCCUUAGAGAAGCUUAACUCAUCCCGAUUGCCCUUGAAGACCACCGCUCCCGCCCUGAAUGUGGCUCCGAAGCCAGCCUUCAAUCUGUCCACCUCCACGGUCAAGACAUUCAACGCUCCGAAGCCAGCUUUCAAUUUGUCCACCUCCACGGUCAAGACCUUCAACGCCACCUUUUCCAGCAGACCGGCAGACUCGCAGGACAACAAGUUGGCCGAGCGACGCCAGCGGCGCAUUGAAAUGUUCAAGGGCAGGACAACCAAGGACCAGAAGGAGAAGGGGGAGUUCAUUCGCGGAGUGCGCCUCAAUCGACGCUUCGAGCUCCAAAUGCAGCACCGUCGACACCUGGAAGAGGAAUAGUUUCUUAAGUUGUAGCGUUAACUCUUUAUUUACCCUUUUAUAUUCGCAGGCAGGUUUUUAUUUUUCAGCUGGAUCCAAUAAAUUUGUUUUCCUCUGUCAUUACGCACAUAAUUUUUAUGAAAUUAUUACCUAUUAUAUUUGAUGUACAUUAUUAAAACAAAAAAUAUUAAA